AUGGCUGUUGCGACUUCAUCAACCAUGGCCGUACUUUUCCUUAUCCUCUUCACUCUGUUCUUGGCAAAAACAAAUGCAUCAGACAUGUCCAUAAUCUCGUACGAUGAGAGAAACAACGUUAAUGGUCCGAUUUUGCGGUCUCACGACGAGAUCAUGUCGAUGUACGAGGCAUGGAUAGUGAAGCACUCGAAGUCAUAUAAUGCUUUGGGAGAGAAGGAGAAGAGGUUUCAGAUUUUUAAGGAUAAUCUGAGGUACAUAGAUGAGCAUAACGCUAAAGGUAACCAGACAUACAAGCUAGGUCUGAACCGGUUUGCCGAUCAGACCAACGAGGAGUACCGGAGCAAGUAUUUAGGUAGAAAAAAUGUCGCUAAUCGGAGUUUUCCUAGGGUCAAAAGUAACCGGUACGAUCCAAAGGAGGAUGACAGUUUGCCGGACUCGAUCGACUGGAGGGAAAAAGGAGCAGUCAAUCCGAUCAAAGAUCAAGGAAGCUGUGGCAGUUGCUGGGCAUUUUCAACUAUUGCUUCUGUAGAAGCAAUAAAUCAGAUAAAGACAGGUGAAUUGCUGUCUUUAUCGGAGCAAGAACUGGUCGACUGUGAUAGAUCAUAUGACGAAGGUUGCAACGGAGGCCUUAUGGACUACGGGUUCGAGUUCAUAAUGAAAAAUGGUGGCAUUGACACUGAAAAAGAUUAUCCUUAUACAGGCUACGAUGGCAGAUGUGACCAAUACAGGAAAAAUGCCAAGGUUGUCUCCAUUGAUGGUUAUGAAGACGUAACUCCUUAUAACGAAAAGGCACUACAGAAGGCCGUGGUAAAUCAACCAGUGAGCAUUGCCAUGGAAGGUUCUGGGAUCGGCUUCCAGUUAUACGAAUCGGGCAUAUUCACUGGAAAGUGUGGCACUGCUUUAGACCACGGUGUGAAUGUUGUAGGAUAUGGUACCGAAAAUGGUCUUGAUUAUUGGAUUGUUAGAAACUCAUGGGGUGAAUAUUGGGGAGAAAAGGGCUACAUCAGGAUGCAGCGUAAUGUGGCUGCCAAAACCGGUCUAUGUGGAUUAGCCGUAGAGCCGUCGUACCCAAUCAAGACUGGCAAAAAUCCGCCAAACCCCGGUCCAUCUCCUCCAUCUCCAGCCAAGCCUGACAAUGCUUGUGAUGAGUUUUCUGUAUGCCCUGAGAGCGAUACUUGCUGCUGUCUCGAGGAAUUACUUGGCUCGUGCUUUAUAUGGGGAUGCUGCCCUCUCCAGGGUGCCACAUGUUGUGAAGACAAUUCCAGUUGCUGCCCCCAUGCAUACCCUGUGUGUCACAUAUACUCAGGCACCUGUUCACUGAGCAAGGGCAAUCCCUUUGGAGUGAAGGCACUGAAGCGUGUUCGAGCAAAGCAAAUUGGAGCUUCUCGCAGUACUGAGGGAAGAACGAGCAGCUCUUAA